CAGUUCUAAGUUAAACAGAACAAUAAAAAUAAAAAAAGGAAGGCGAAACAAAGGGUCCUUUUACCUAGACACAACAACUUGUAUUCAAUUCUCUUGUUCUUCCAUCUUCUUCGCAUUAGCAUUCACACUGCCUGAUUCGCCACCCUAAACACCAGAGAGAAAUGGGAAUUGCAGGAGUCCUAAGGAACAUUGUUCGCCCUCUGUCACUUGCAUCAUCAAGAACCUUGACUUCUCGAAUGCCCACCAAUGUUUCGAUGACAUCGUUUUGUCCUGUUUCUCCAUCUCCCUGUAAACCUCCCCAGUGGAUUCUUCCCCUCUGGAAUCACUUCCAUAGCUUGACAGACAGCUUGACAGACACUCGCUUCCCAAAGAGACGACCCUCUGAUAAAUCUCGUCGAAAGAGGGCCAGCCUGAGACCGUCUGGACCUUAUGCUUGGGUUCAAUAUACACCUGGCCAACCCAUACUUCCAAAUAAGCCGAAUGAGGGGAGUGUCAAAAGGAGAAAUGAGAAGAAACGCAUGAGGCAGCGCCGUGCCUUUAUAUUGGCGGAGAGGAAGAAAAGGAAAGCUCAGCUGCAAGAGGCUAAUCGGAAGAAAAAUAUUGAGAGGGUAGAGCGUAAAAUGGCUGCAGUUGCAAGGGAAAGGGAGUGGGCAGAAAGACUGGCCGAGUUGCAGCGACUUGAGGCACAGAAGACAAUCUAAUGGAAUUUUUUAGGACCUAUCUGCAGUUGGUAACACUGGUUGUGCACUCUAUACACUAUUUCUAUAUUUUCAAUAUGUUCAGAAACAUGAAAGUCUGAAUCCCCCCAUUUUGUUGUU